AUGAUUGAUUAUAAAAAAUAUCCCCGUUUAAGUGGUUCGUUACGAGCUCACAGUGGAAUUGCCGAAAAACUACAUUAUCGUGGAGAUAUUGAUGAACUUCAACGUCGACGUGAACAAGAGAAAAUUAAAUACGAACGAGAAUAUGAAGUCAAAUGGGAUAAUUUAGUAGCGUUAAUUCGAACGAAUAUUCACGAUGGACAACAAGAAAGUGAAAAAGUCGAACAAAAUCUAAAGCAAUUAAGAAAAUAUGCCCUUGAAUUCGCUGGCAACGAUUCGACCUCAGAUAAAAUUGAUGAUGUAUGCGUCUAUUUAAUUGAUAUGUUCCGGAUAGUUCAACAAAUUCAAAUAAGCCAUUUAAAACAGUUAAAAUUACGAUUUCCUACUCAUACAUCGAUGUUAGUAAAUCAAACAUUUACUUUAAUUCGAAACCUGAUUGAUACUCAAUUGAAUACUGAUACUUUUCUCGAACAAUACGAUCAGUUAAAACGAUCAAAAACUAUUGAUGCUCAUUCAACUUCUUCGAGUUCAAUAUUUGGAGAUUGUACAAUGUAUCAUGCACUAACAAUAACCAUUCCAUCUCGACCAUGGGAACAGCGUUUGAAAUAUGAUCAACAAUGGUACGAACAAAAUCAAAAGAAAAAACAAGUAGAAGAUGAAAAAGACAAAUUCAAUGCUUAUCUAAAUGAACCAGCCACAAAACAAUCAUCUAAAUCAUCUUCAACAACAUCUGGUAGUAAAUAUACAACAAAAUGGUUAGAAGAUAGUUUAAAAUUGAUUUUAUUGUCACGUAAUGAAAAAGAAUUGAGACAACAAGAAUUUUGUAAUCUAGUAUUUGAAAAUUUACUAUCAAAACAAACGAAUGAUGAACUUCAAACUUCACUGUGUGAUAUUUUGGGUUAUGAUCAAAUCGAAUUUGUAUUUGAAUUAAUACAAAAUCGACAAGAUAUUAUCAAUGGAAUAUUAGAGAAUGCUAAAGCAAAACCAAGACAAAUAAUUAGAAAUGAACCAUCAUCAGUACAAGGGGAUAAACAACAACCAAAUUUAACACUAUCGAUUACUGUACAGACAGAGCAAGAAAAAAAAGUUGAAAAACAAAUUCGUAAACAAGAACGAAAACAACAACAACAACCACAACCAUCAACAACAAUUGAUAAUUUAGUAACUCCCGAAAUGUUACGUUACGAACGAGAACAUCAAUUAUUAGUAGCAAUGAGUAAACGCAAUGACAUGUUGGCAACAAUAAGUGGCAGUGGUAGUCAACCACAAUAUAAUCAAAAUGUCAAAUAUCCAUUUGUAUUUGAUCAAUUACAAGAAAUAAAGCGAACAACAGCUUAUAUUGGUGGACAGAAUCUUCUUUUACCAGAAAAUACUCAACGUAAAACGGCAAAUACACAUGAUUUUGUUCAUAUACCAGCUGGUGAACAAAUGAAACCUGCAGAUACUCGAAUAUGUAAAGAAUUAGUAAAAAUUGCUGAAUUAGAUCAACUUGGUCAAAUUAUAUUCAAACAUUUGAAAACAUUAAAUUUAAUUCAAUCAAUUGUGUAUAAAACAGCUUAUUUUACAAAUGAAAAUAUGCUUAUAUCAGCGCCGACGGGUGCUGGUAAAACAAAUAUUGCAAUGUUAGCAAUAAUCAAUGAAUUACGUAAACAUUAUGACACAACAAAUAGUAUUCUAUUCGAUUCUGAUUUUAAAAUAAUUUAUAUUGCGCCAAUGAAAGCUUUAGCAUCGGAAAUGGUCGAUAAUUUUAGUAAAUAUUUAGCACCCAUUGGUAUUAUUGUGAAAGAAUUAACCGGUGAUAUGCAAUUAACUAAAAAUGAAAUUGAGCGAACACAUAUGAUUAUAACUACUCCAGAAAAAUGGGAUGUGGUGACAAGAAAAUCAACAGGUGAUACUAAACUGGCACAAGCCGUUAGAUUAUUAAUCAUUGAUGAAAUACAUUUAUUACAUGAAGAUAGAGGACCGGUUAUUGAAGCUCUUGUAGCGAGAACAUUGAGACAGGUUGAACAAUCUCAAUCAAUGAUUCGUAUUGUUGGUCUAUCAGCAACAUUACCUAAUUAUAUUGAUAUUGCUUUAUUUUUAAGAGUUAAUCUUCAUAAAGGUUUAUUCUUCUUUGAUGGUCGAUUUCGACCCGUUCCGCUAGCGCAAUCAUUUAUUGGCAUUAAAGGUGGAAAUAAAAUGCUCAUACAAAAAAAUACAGAUGAUAUUUGUUAUGAAAAAGUAUUAGAACAAAUAAAAAAUUCUAAACAACAAGUACUCGUUUUUGUUCAUGCAAGAAAUGCGACUGUACGUACUGCUUUACAGUUAUUGGAAUAUGCACGAAAUCAAGGUGAUGUAGAACAUUUUAUUUAUAAACCGGAAAAUAAUGAGCAAUCAUCGAAUCUUCAAUAUCAAGAUGCCUUAAAACAUAUUCAACAUUCAAAAAAUGUUCAAUUACGUGAUUUAUUUCCAAAUGGUGUAGCAAUGCAUCAUGCAGGAAUGUUGAGAGCCGAUCGAAAUUUAGUUGAAAAAUAUUUUCAUAAAGGAUUUAUUAAAGUUUUGGUCUGUACAGCUACAUUAGCAUGGGGUGUUAACUUGCCGGCUCAUGCAGUUAUUAUUAAAGGAACAGAAUUGUAUGAUAGUAAAAAGGGAUCAUUUGUUGAUUUGAGUAUUUUGGAUGUUUUACAAAUAUUUGGAAGAGCAGGAAGACCACAAUUUGAUACAAAUGGAUUAGGUAUAAUAAUAACAUCGUAUGAUAAAUUACAACAUUAUUUAUCCUUGUUAACACGCCAAAAUCCAAUUGAAUCACAAUUUAUACAACAUCUAGCCGAUAAUUUGAAUGCAGAAGUUGUUCUGGGUACCGUAACAAAUGUUCAAGAAGCUUGUCGAUGGUUGCAAUAUACAUAUUUGAAUAUUCGUAUGCAUCGAUCACCUAUCACAUACGGUAUUAAUCAUCAUAUGCAACAAUUAGAUCCACAGUUGUCUAGUUUUCAAAAAGAUUUAAUUAUAAAAAUAGCUAGAGAACUAGAUCAAGCAAAAAUGGUACGAUUUGAGGAAAAAACAGAAUAUUUAUCACCAACAGAUUUAGGUCGUACAGCCUCGUAUUAUUAUAUCAAUUAUGAGACAAUUCAAACGAUCAAUGAAAAACUAUCAGAUAAUCAAAAUAUGAAUGAUGGUCAAUUAGUUGAAUUAGCAUCAUUAGCCGAUGAAUUUUCACAAAUAAAAGUUCGUGAUGAUGAAUUAGAUGAACUGGAUCAGCUAUAUGCAUCCUCGUGUCAUUUACCCGUCAAAGGUGGAACUGAAAAUAUUCAUGGAAAAGUUAAUAUUUUAAUUCAAUGUCAUAUAUCACGUGCACAAUUAAAAUCAUUUUCACUCAUAUCCGAUUUGUCCUACGUUAAUCAAAAUGUUGUUAGAUUGGUACGAGCUCUAUUUGAUAUUGUGUUGAAACGAGCAUGGGCAAUAUUAUCAAAUCGUCUACUAAAAUUAGCGAAAACAAUUGAACAACGAAUGUGGGAUUAUAUUAAUCCAUUAUGGCAACUAUCAGCACAUAUUCCCGCAGAAAUUUUACAAAAAUUAGAUGAUAAAAGAUUGACACCCGACAAGAUAUUAGAUAUGGAUGCCAAAGACAUUGGUAUAAUGAUUCAUGAUCAACGGUAUGCAAAAGAUGUUAAACAGUACGCUUAUAACAUUCCUCAACUGACAAUUGAAUCACAAAUUCAGCCCAUUACUCGAACAGUUUUACGAAUAAAAUUAACAAUAACGCCUAAUUUUAAAUGGUCAGAUAAAAUUCAUGGUCAAGGUAGUGAACACUUUUGGAUAUGGAUUGAAGAUCCGGAUACAGACAAAAUUUAUCAUUCUGAAUAUUUUAUAAUAACAAAAAAACAAGUAAAAGCACAAGAACCACAAUUGAUUGUAUUUACUAUACCGAUUAUAGAACCAUUAGCAAAUCAAUAUUAUGUAAAAGCUGUUUCUGAUAAAUGGUUAGGUAGUGAUGCAACAACAAUUAUUAGUUUUCAAAAUUUAAUAUUACCAGAACAACAUAUACCACAUACAGAAUUACUUGAUCUCGAUCCAUUACCUAUUACAGCAUUGGGUAAUGUGGGAUAUGAAUCAUUAUUCAAAUUUAAACAUUUUAAUCCGAUUCAAACACAACUAUUUCAUUGUUUAUAUCAUACAGAUUCGAAUGUUUUAUUGGGCUCACCAACUGGUAGUGGAAAAACGAUUGCAGCUGAAAUAGCUAUAUUUCGAGUAUUCAAUGUUUAUCCACAAAUGAAAUGUGUUUAUAUCGCACCAUUAAAAGCACUUGUUCGAGAGAGAAUUAGUGAUUGGAAAGUAAGAUUUGAGCAACAAUUAGGUAAAAAAGUAAUUGAAUUAACUGGUGAUUUCACGCCGGAUACACGUGCACUUAUGGAAUCGGAUGUUAUUGUCACAACGCCGGAGAAAUGGGAUGGUCUUUCUCGUUCUUGGCAAACUCGUACAUAUGUUAAACAAGUAGCUCUAUUGAUUAUUGAUGAAAUUCAUAUGUUGGGCGAAGAUCGUGGUCCUGUCUUGGAAGUAAUUGUAUCACGAACAAAUUUUAUUUCAUCACAUACCGAACAGACGUUAAGAAUUAUUGGUCUAUCAACAGCUGUAGCUAAUGCAAGAGAUUUAGCGGAUUGGCUUGGAAUUAAAACAAAUUUAGGUCUAUAUAAUUUUCGUCCUAGUGUACGACCAGUACCUUUAGAAGCUCAUAUUCAAGGAUAUCCGGGUAAAAAUUAUUGUCCACGAAUGAAAGUUAUGAAUAAACCAUGUUAUCAAGCAAUUCGAACACAUUCACCAAAAAAACCGGUGCUCAUCUUUGUUAGCAGUAGAAGACAAACACGUUUAACAGCAGAAGAUCUAAUGUUACAUGUGAUUAAUGACGAUUCUCCAAAACAAUGGUUACAUAUGCCUGAAGCUGAAAUGACAAAUUUAUUAACUCAAGUAUCGGAACCAAAUUUAAAAAAUACGUUAUCAUUUGGUAUUGGUAUUCAUCAUGCCGGUUUAAAAGAUCGUGAUAGACACGUUGUAGAAGAAUUGUUUGUUAAUCAACGAAUACAAAUAUUAGUAGCAACAAGUACUUUGGCAUGGGGUGUCAAUUUUCCAGCACAUCUUGUUAUUGUUAAAGGCACAGAAUAUUAUGAUGGUAAAACUCAUCGAUACGUUGAUUUUCCUAUUACUGAUGUUCUACAAAUGAUGGGUCGUGCUGGACGCCCUCAAUUUGACGAUCAAGGAAAAGCAGUUAUUAUGGUUCAUGAUGUGAAAAAAAACUUUUAUAAAAAAUUUUUAUAUGAACCAUUUCCUGUUGAAUCAAGUCUUUUAAAUGUAUUAUCCGACCAUUUAAAUGCUGAAAUUGUUAGUGGUACAAUAUCAACAAAACAAGAAGCAAUGGAUUAUAUGACAUGGACAUAUUUUUUUCGUCGUUUACUCGUAAAUCCAACCUACUAUAAUUUAGAAGAAGUUGAGGAAAAAUUAUUGAAUAGUUAUUUGAGUGAUAUUAUUCAUAAAUCAUUUUCAGAAUUAGAACAAGCCAAUUGUUUACAAAUUGAUCAACAAGAUCAACGUACAAUAAAUUCGACAAUUUAUGGAAGAAUAGCAUCACACUAUUACAUUUCCUACAAGACAAUUGAUAUGUUUCAAAAACGGUUACAACAACAGACCACAUUAAUUGAACUAUUGGAUAUUAUAUCAAGUGCAGAAGAAUAUGCAGAAUUGCCCGUAUGUAGUAUUGAUUCUGUAUUAGAAAUUAGAUUAUUUAUCAAUAGAUUCGUUCGACAUAGUGAAGAUGAAAAAAAUAAAGUAUUAGCUCAAACAUCGUUGGUGACUGUUAACGAAUAUAAAUACGAUGAUCCUCAUAUUAAAGCCAACUUAUUAAUUCAAGCUCAUUUUAGUCGUUCAGAGUUACCCAAUGCCGACUAUUAUACUGAUUUAAAGUCUGUUUUAGAUCAAAUAAUUCGUAUAAUUCAAGCUCUAUUAGAUGUGAGUGCUUACAAUGGUUUUCUACAAACAACAAUUUGGAUUAUUAAUUUUUUACAAAUGGUUAUACAAGCACGAUGGUUGAAUGACUCUGAUCUUUUAACAUUACCUAGUGUUGAACGAGAACAUUUAAGUUUAUUUAAGAUUAAAACAGAUUAUAUCGAUUGUUUAGUGAAAUUGUGUGAAGUAUGUGAUACUGGAAAACUUGAUGUAUUAGUGUCGAUGUUAAGUAAACAAUUUCAACGAUCGGAUAUCGAUAAAAUAUAUCAUCAUAUAACAAAACUCCCUCAAAUUGAAUUGACACUAAAUAUCAAAGGAUGGUGGGAAAAUGAUCCAGAAAUUAAUAAACAUGUAGAUCUAAUAACACAACCAUUAAGUGUGAAACAGGCAAAUGAUAAAAUUAUACGAUUACAUGCUGAUCAAGAAUAUUUAUUGAAUGUUCAAUUAAAACGAAUUAAUACAAUUAGACGUCAAGAUUUUCGUGUUAUUUCACCACAAUUUUCCAAGCCACGCGAUGAAGGUUGGUUUUUAAUAUUAGGUGAUAUUGAUAAAUCCAAUUUAUUAGCUCUUAAACGUGUUUCACAGCCAGUUCGAAAUCAAUCACAAAUUUCUAUUACAUUUAUGACACCGUCAGAAGUUGGUCGAUUACGUUUAACACUUUUUUUACUGUCUGAUUCUUAUUUGGGUUUUGAUCAACAGUAUGAUAUGCUUAUUGAUAUUAUUAAACCAAGUAUUCAAAGUCAAGUAAAUACGGAACUCGAUCCAUUACGAAAUGAAUUAGCUCAGAAAUUAAGUGAACUUGCGUGA